CUGUAUAAGAAUGGCAUGGUACCUAUCUGAUGAAGAUCCUCUCAUGUCCGGAAGUAAAUGAUCUCUCGACUACCAGCGAAGAUGAAGCCUUCAGCUAAGAGCCAGGUUCGCCAAUCGGCGGAAGACCUUUUCAAGUUCUUGUUCAUUCAAUUUUGGAAGGUUGUCAACGUCUUCAUCGCGUGGCACAAACUGCCGGCCAUCAUUGGCGCCUUCAACCUCCUAGCAUUGCGAUUCGAGCUCCGCCAGAAGAACCUUUACGACACGUACCCCUCUCCUGAGGACCAAGGUACAACGGCACAAUGUCCCAUGUCCGACACCAAGUUCAUGGCUGUCAGAAACUCAGAUGGUCUGUAUAAUGAUCUCCAGGCGCCCAAGAUGGGCUGCGCCGGGAUGCGUUUCGGCCGCAACAUCCCAAGAGAGCAUGCCAAGAUGCCCACUCACGAGGAGCUGUUUACGCCGAACCCGAGGCUUAUCUCUGAGAAGAUCCUUGCGAGACCGGAAGGUGGCUUUAAGCCCGCCACGAUCGUCAACCUCCUCGCCGCGGCUUGGAUUCAGUUCCAGGUCCACGACUGGGCGCAGCAUGCCUCGAGCGACGAGACUUGGGACGUUCCGAUGCCCAAGGGAGACACCUGGCCCGAUAAGAAGAUGAAGAUCUUUAAGACCAAGGUUGACAGUACUCUCUCGAAGCUGGAUGACGAAUCGCCGGGCUACAAGAACGAAAACACGCACUGGUGGGAUGGCUCACAGAUCUAUGGUUCGACUGAGGCUGAGACCGUGGAACUGCGAUCCAAUUGCCAUGAUGGACAGCUUGCUGUCGACCGUGUAAAUGGUGAACAAUUCCUUCCUCGCGAGAACGGCAUCCCCAAAACUGGCUUCCAUCAUAAUUGGUGGGUUGGUCUUGAGAUGCUACACACCCUCUUUGCUUUGGAGCAUAAUGCUAUCGCCGGACAUCUCAAGCUGUCGAACCCAUCGUGGACGAGUGAUGAAAUUUUUGACACGGCGAGGUUGAUCAACUGUGCACUCAUGGCCAAGAUUCACACCAUCGAGUGGACGCCUGCUAUCUUGAAGCAUCCGACAUUGAAGAUUGGUAUGGAGGCGAACUGGUGGGGGUUGGUUGGAGACAAGUUGUGGCACGUCUUCGGCCGUAUUUUCGACAACAAGUCCGAGGUCAUCUCAGGAAUCCCGGGCUCGGGAACCGAUCAAGACGGCGCCCCAUACUCCCUGACCGAAGAAUUUGUUUCCGUGUAUCGUCUGCACCCGCUCGUCCCUGAUGACAUUGCCUUCUUCAAAGUCAAGAGCGGCCAACACGCCGACACUCUUCCGAUGAAGGAAGUUGCCUUCGAAAGGGCCCGCACACCACUAGACGAUAAGACCUCGAACAGCAACGGCCUCGGCUUGAACUUUGCCGACGUGUUUUACUCCUUUGGCGUCAACUACCCCGGCGCCAUUCGCGCGAAGAACAUGCCAAACUUCCUCCGUGAUCUGCACCUACCCGCAGACAGAGAGUUCCCUCAGGGUAGACACCUCGACAUGGGCACCGUCGACAUCCUCCGUGAUCGUGAGCGCGGUGUGCCAAGGUACAACGCCUUCCGCCGUCUCUUCCACAUGCCUGCCGUCCGCAGCUUCAAGGAGCUGACCGGUCCCGGUCCCGAGGCCGCAAAGUUGGCGGCGGAUCUGGAGGAGGUGUACAACGGCGACAUCGAGGCCGUUGAUCUCCUGGCUGGCACGCUCAGCGAACCUCUGCCUGAGGGCUUCGGUUUCAGCGACACGGCCUUCCGCGUCUUCAUCCUCAUGGCGAGCCGCCGCAUCAAGUCUGACCGGUUCCUCGCCGGCGAUGGGUGGUGCCCUGAGGUGUAUACGCGGGAGGGUAUGGACUGGGUGCAGAAGAACACGAUGAAGGACGUGCUGUGCAGACAUUUCCCUGAGCUCGCUGCGCCGUUGCGCAACGUGGAUAACGCGUUUGCACCGUGGGAGAAGGUCGGUCGGACUGCCGAGUAUACGGGGAAGGAGACUAAUGCUUGAGCUUUAUUCACCUGCUUAUCCCAAGACUGUAACUUCUGUUUGUUUGGCGGUUUGGGUAUAUUUUUUUGGCUGUAACAACUACUUGGGGUCUAUGUUGAUCAAAGUAAAAAGUGGAAGGAACGGAAAUGUCAGUUUGUGCCCGGGGAUUCUAGGGUCGAAAACGAAACCAUAUCGGCUUGGCGAUUUUGAUGGAGAC